GAACUCCAGUGAAGAGAAGAGAGUGCAUCCUGGUGUAGCAGCACGGGUUCAUCAACUCUUCUUAUUUCAGUGGCUUGGCUAGAAAUUCAUUACAAUUUAACUUCAACUCACAUAUGGCAGUGGAGCCAUGCAGAGACAGCACACUACUUCCUGGUUUUGCCAUGUGCCUUGUCGGUGAUAGAAACUCUACUGUGUUAUUUUGUCCUCAGUCCUGUGAUUUCUGCUACUGUGUUGGAUUAGGCUGGCCGUUUUGAGACGAUGAAGUGGAGUAACUUUCUCCAGCCUAUGCUGCUCACAUGCGAGUGUCAAACAAAUGCUAAACAUGAUUGUAUGGAACUACUGAAGGAUUUCUCUCCAGAACCAGAGUCUGAUAAACUAUCGAAAAUCCACAGAUGACUGCUGCUUUCUCCUGGCAAAGUCGGAUUUUUCUGUCUCACUAAUCCCUUGUCACAAUCUGCAUCCUGUGUAUCUCCCUCACUCGCUCUGCCUCUCUGUCUCUAGCACUCUCUUUUUAUGUGUGUGCGUGUGUGUUAGUUGAAUAAGAGUGUGUCUCUAAAAGACAGUUCAUCCUAUCCCAUCGCGCCGGGCCAAACUUGAUUGAGGACGAACAUCCCAGGCUGAGCUUCGACACUACAACAAACUUGGAUUACAAGCAGGUGCACAGAUGAUUGCAGGGGGAGGCUGAGAGGGGCUCGAACAAAGUUUGGACGCCCUGUGCGAUGCAGCGACAAGCAACAUGUCCUUAAUGAAAAGGACACCUGUUUCACCGUCGGAGAGAGGAAGACUACUUGCCAGCAUUAAUGCCCGGUGGUGGCACGACUGGCCGACCCUCCUUCAGAUCUGACAGCUUCUUUGCCGUGGAGGUGGAUGGACCGUCCCCAGGACUGAAAAUGCGACUGUGGUGGAUUCUGCUAUGUGGCUUUUGGAGCGUCUGCGGGGAGCUGCCGUUUAUAGCGGAGAACAACGCGGCGAUGUUGGUAAACUGGAACGCUGUUGAUGGGAACAAAAAGCUGUUUGCCAUCUAUGAUACAAGCGCCAGCGAACCCGGCAACAUGUCGUUCGUCAAGGAGACGGUAGACAAACUCCUGAAAGGAUACGAUAUUCGCCUGCGGCCGGAUUUUGGUGGUCGACCUGUGGCUGUUGGCAUGAGUAUAGAUGUGGCGAGUAUAGACAUGGUGUCAGAGGUCAACAUGGACUACACGUUGACCAUGUACUUUCAGCAGUACUGGAGAGAUAAGAGGCUGGCCUAUGCAGGGAUACCCCUAAAUCUCACGCUAGACAACAGAGUGGCAGACCAGCUCUGGGUACCGGACACCUACUUCCUGAACGAUAAGAAGUCCUUUGUUCAUGGUGUCACCGUCAAGAACCGCAUGAUUCGACUCCACCCAGAUGGGACAGUUCUCUACGGACUCAGAAUCACCACGACAGCCGCCUGCAUGAUGGAUCUGAGACGGUAUCCUUUGGAUGAACAGAACUGCACCCUGGAAAUUGAGAGCUAUGGAUACACUACAGAUGACAUCGAGUUCUACUGGAAAGGAGGGGACACUGCUGUCACCGGGGUGACACGCAUCGAACUCCCUCAGUUUUCAAUAGUAGACUACAAGCUGGUCUCCAGGAAUGUCGUCUUUUCUACAGGUGCCUACCCUCGACUGUCUCUGAGUUUCAAGCUCAAACGAAAUAUUGGAUACUUCAUCCUGCAAACCUACAUGCCCUCGAUCCUCAUCACCAUCCUGUCCUGGGUGUCCUUCUGGAUAAAUUAUGAUGCAUCGGCUGCCAGAGUUGCAUUGGGCAUCACCACUGUCCUGACCAUGACCACCAUCAACACCCAUCUAAGAGAGACUCUCCCCAAAAUCCCUUACGUCAAAGCCAUAGACAUGUACUUGAUGGGGUGCUUUGUGUUCGUCUUCCUGGCGCUGCUGGAGUACGCCUUUGUCAACUACAUCUUCUUUGGCCGCGGCCCUCAAAUGCAGAAGAAACUGGCUGAGAAGGCGCAGAAGGCAAACAACGACCGCAACAGAUAUGACCGGCCGAAGUACACUCUGGACAGAGACAAUUGCAAGUCCUCGCCUGUUAAACACUCCAAUCAGGUACCGGGCCGCCGUCCCUUACACGGGGUCGACUCCCAUGGGAACAUUUUGCUGGCAACCUUGGAGAUGCACAACGAGGUCGGCGGAAAUGAAAUCACAACCACCUUGAGCGACAUGUCCAACUCUGCAUCCAUGGUGUUUGACAACUCUGGGCUCCAGUACAGGAAGCCCAGUGGGCUGCGUGAUGCCGCUCAGCCCGGCCUGGACAGAAACGCUCAUUUCAGGAAGAGCCGUCUGCGGAGACGAUCCUCACAACUCAAAAUCAAAAUCCCGGACCUCACCGACGUGAAUGCCAUCGACAGAUGGUCACGGAUUAUAUUCCCGUUCAGCUUCUCCCUCUUCAACGUCAUCUACUGGCUUUACUAUGUCAAUUAAUGUUUCACCCCAGACUCAUGUGUCUAAAGGAGACAAGGCCUCUCAGGUCAAAUGGACGAGAGACUCCAGAGUCACAGAGACUUACUGACCAGGGCAUUACACAAUUUACAACCUGACCUCUGCGCGGCAGAGAUGCAAUCUGCCCAUAUAUCCAGUCAGAACAUUUCCACGUGUCUGCUGAAGCCAGAGGAGCAAUCUAUAUGGCUGCCCUUUACACUGUGUCAUUUUGUGCGUCUGCACGUCCUCCUUACAUUCACGGCUUGUUUUUCUCAACGAUUAUACUUGAAUCUUGAACAAAUGAAUGGACUCUUAUGUUCGAGAAGCGUUUUUCUAAAGUGGCUCCAUCCGCCCUACUACAGCAUUCAGAGAAACAUCCAUAUGCCUCCACCAACGCUGCAGACAGAAGUACUCAACAGAGAUUUUUUUUUUCUUUUCAGAUCUCAGUCCAUUCCACGGUCAGAUGUUUGGUCCCCAUUUGUCUUGCGUUUCAUGUUUUGUGAAGAACAGUAAGUGAAAAUAAGCGGACAGGACUAGGGCUGGACGAGCUGUUGGCCUAAGCUACGAACAGAAUCCGUGAUCCUCUGUGAAAGUUGCCAAAAACACAGACAAACACAAACUAACUCUAAUAGAUUACUUGAAGGUAAAUGUCAUCAGACAUUCUAGCUCAGAGAAUGUACACAGUCUAUUUUGAACCAGCUCAUUUUCCAGUCUUCAUUGUCAUCAGUCAGAAUCUUAACACUGCGGCCUCUGGUGGUCAGGGAAGAGAGGUGUAUCCAAGUAGUGUUAAAUCGAGAAACGGGAUGACAUUGUCCGGAAAAUUUGUACGAUUAUUAAUUGUCUUUAUUUAUUUGCCCAGACCUAAACUGAUUCAACAACUUUGAUUGUCUAAAAUGUUCCCAUAGCAGCAGUUUCUUCAACACCAAUCUUUGUUGUGAGAAUGAGACCAGCUAGCUCAGCAUUCAGUGGUGAAAUGUUUCCAGUUUUUCUCCCACCAAAUGAGUCAUGUGGAAUGCAAAAAAUAGACAUAACAAAAUUUGUGUGACUCUUCAUUAUAAGGUGUGGUGACACUUCAGCCAACUGGAAACAACUGAUUUACCUUUGCAAAGCCUCCUAAGGAUAACAGUUUAAUGCAGCUGCUGCUUGUAGCCAUGUGGCUCGUGGGUCGUUGCAAAUGAUAUUGUUUUCUGUCCGCCUCAAUAAUCAAGUGUUUGUUCUGAGUUUUUCAUUCAAUUUGUGGAACAGUGUGGAUGCUACAUUGCAGUUCUUAAUCCAUUUCCACUGUGAUAUGCUUUUCUGUCAGUGUUUUCUGUCUGUUACAGUUAAACUUUUUCUUCGUCACCAUAUUCCUCCAUUGAAACAUAUUUCUUUUGUACAUAUCAACUUCAUCUGCUCACGUCACAUGAUCCCAUAACUGGUCUGACAACUUUCUUAUUUGUCUUGUAAAUAUAAACUCAAAAGUAAGUGUGUGAUCAUUUCCUUUUUUAAAGCGAAAACCAAAGUGUGAUUGUCACAUGUCUGCAGCGUCAACUGUAGCUGUCCUGAGAUCUCGACGCACCAUCUGCACUGCUUGGAUGAGCGACCAGCAGCGUAGGAGUGACGACACCUGUCAGACGGGUGCGCAGCUUGGAUACCCGCGUUUAGGCGUGUGAUGGGACCAACAUCCGUGCAAGUCAUACUUGUAGUGUAACUGGGGAAAUCUCAACUUCAGGGUAUAUUACAAUGAGAUAGACCGCAGAGUGGGAGUGGUAGCUGUCGCAGGGCUGUAGCUGAAGUUGUUAUUAGAGAAUUAAAUUUGGAGUCUUUUGUAUUUUCAGAAGAUACCUCAGUUUGAUACCUUUAAUACCCAACAUGGUGGUUGAAAAAUCCCUGCUGUGUGGGUUUUUUUUUAAGUGACAAAGCCACUGUGCAACUUAAACACAUGGUUUUACUCAAAGGGCCAACAUUGAAUUAGAGGCAUAUUAAAUAUAGAUACAAAUGAUAUAAAGCUAACGCCUGAGCAUGCAGAACACAUCCCUCUCAUCGUGUCCAUUUACUGUCACUGAAUAAUAGCGUGUCGAUACAUUACUGCAGUG